AAGCCUCGACCCCGGGCAGCAUGAAUCACCCCGCGGGUGGAUGCAAUGGGGCCCAGCGGCCGUGCCGAGGUCACGCGGCGGGGACCUGUGCCAACCUCCCGUCCGGCUCACUGCACGCCCGCCCGGGUUGCUGUUUAAAACCACGAAUCAUAGAGCGUGGGAGGGAGCACAGCUGCCCCGCUCCCCCUGCCGCGGCACGUGUUCGCCUUCCCUGGCUGCUCUCCAGGCCCGAGGCAGGGCCAAGCACCAGGCGCGAGCAGCACGAGUGGCCGUCGCACGGGGCCCUGCUACACCCUCCUAGGGCCUGCAAAGAUCUGGCAAGAGCUAGGAAGGGGCAAACCGGCGAUCUGGGGGCUGUGGUUUCUUGGGCAGCUUGGGGGUCCAGCCCAAAGUCACUUCUGGGGACAUUCAUAUCACUUUUGCCCCUUGUAGGCAAAGGAUCGCUUUGAGCAGGGCGGAAAAGAGGGUCCUGUUCUCUUUUUAUUAAUCGCUUCUCAGCGCUGUUGCAAAAGCAUCCUGAUUCCCCCCCGCCCCAGGCUUUUUUCCACCGCCUCCAGCUCUGUGCGUCUCAACCAGGGAGCCUUGAGACCCUUUCCAGGGUGCCAUGGGGUGCCCGCCAUGCUCGGUGCCAACACGAUUCACGGGAUAAGCCCAGGGAGUGCAAGCAGGAAUAGGGCAAGCAGCUCUGCUGAGCUCUUUGCACAGAGGAAUUGCUCCGGCAUUUUUCUGUUGUCGAGUAAAACAAGCCAAAAGGAAGAGCUGGCAUCUUCUAGGGGCCUGGAGCCCACCGAGGAGACCCUCAGGGUUGGGGACCGCUGCUCUCGCCUCCAUGCGUUACUCAGACGUUCUUUAUGAACGGAAGCGUGAUAUGAACUGCAGGGCCAGGAUCGCAUCCCCCACCGCUGAAAUGCAGCUGCCUCUGGGGUGAAACGCAACAGCCCCUUUUUCACCCCACACCAGACCAGGAUUUCAAAAGGCGCCGAGAAGGACUGGGUGCUGGGAAAGGAAACAGCGGUCAGGCGGCUGGACCCCAGCUGUGGUUCUGUCUGCACCAGAUCACGUCUACCGGUGUCUUGCUGGUUGUGAUUAACCCCGGGUGUCGGGGCUGCAGGAAAUUCCAGCUGCCUUGUUAAAACCCACAAAGGAGGAGGAGACUUUUGCAGUUGCAACCAGGGCCUUAAUACUAUGAUGCAUGGCACGGGGUGGAGGACGAGGCCGUUUUCACCCAGGAGCCCUCCAGGCUGAUGGACCGGAAGAUGUCCAGGGAUGGAGGCAGCUGCAAGAGGUCAAAGCAACCGUGCAGGAAAUCGCCAGCCACCUGCAGCUCAACAGCACGGUGGAGUUGGAGGGUGCUCAGCUACUGGACAACAUCAGGAAAAGAGUCUCAGUGAUAGUGGAAGAGUUCGGAAACGUCACUGCAGAGAAACAAGAAACCCAAGCCCGUCUGGACAGCGUCACUGCAGAGAAACAAAAGAUCCAGACCCAUCUGGACAACGCCACUGCAGAGAAACGAGAUACCCAGGCCCGGCUGGACCAUGUCAUGGCCUUGCAAGAGUCGCUGAAAUGCUGGGUGUAUCACAGUGGCCACUUCUACUACUUUUCCCAAGACCAGAAGUCCUGGGCAGAGGCGGAGCAGUUCUGUGUGUCUCAGGACUCGCACCUGAGCUCCAUCACCUCGAAAGAGGAGCAGGAAUAUCUCUCCAAGAGGACCCAGGGGAAAGCACACUGGAUUGGACUCACAGACCAGAAGUCGGCGGGCACGUGGCUCUGGGUGGACGGCACCAAAUACAGCGAAGCACAGAGUGGAGAGUUCUGGGCCCCGGGUCAGCCGGACAGCAAGACCCAGGGGCCGGGAGGCCAAGCGAACUGUGUUGAGAUGAAGGAGAGUCAGAUGGCGGCAUGGAGCAAUGCCAGCUGCACUGCCCGUCACCACUGGAUUUGUAAGAACGCCCUGAGGCAAGCCGUAUCCUGACCCCCCAGAGACAGCCUCCAGCCCUUGUGCAGCAGGGUCCCUGCGCUGGAGGGGCUGGGUGGGCUCUGCAUGGCCUCGGGACCCUCCAGGGAGUCCUGCAUGCCCAGCUUGCAUUCUCCUUGGGCCAUUGCCCUGCUUUCUCACCCUCACCUGCAACAGCCCUAUCUUGGCCCUUCUCAUCCCACUCCCUCCCUGCUGCUGUCGCCCAGGGGGGAAGGUGGGAAGCGCAUUAAGCACUGCCCCUGCGCACGUGCUCUGGGGCUAGCUAGAAUAAUCAAACAUGCAAAUAAAAAUGGACAAAACCUGC